AUGUGGACGAUUGGCUUAAAAACACGAACUAUUAUUUUAUGUUCAAUUACUUUUGCAUUUUUUAAGUUAUUAGGAUAUUUUGAGCCAAAUUAUAGGUAAGAAUAACUGAACUCUGAAGACUGUAUGAUCUAACAAUCAGAUGUUUGAAAAUUCAGAAAAUCUAAGACCAGCCUAAGAAAGUUCAAAUAUAAAUAUUUGUUUUUAGAGUUGAGCGAAUUGAAGAAGAAGAAGAUGUUGGGGACUUCAAGGCAUUUAUAACAUCAUCAUAUUAUUAUCCAAAAUCACAAAGUUUAGGUGAUAAUGCAUUAGCAAUUGUAAUGAAUAUAAAUCAAAAACGAAGACAUUGGUUUGAUAAAACAUUAUAUGAAAUUGAGAAAAAACCACUAAUAACAAUAAGAGCAAUCAAUUUAACAUCCACAAAAAUCAUUACAACAUCUUAUGAAAGAAUCACAUUGGCUGGAAACAAAUGUUUAUUACCAUCAGUAUUUCUAACUGUUCAACUUCUACCAAACACACUUUCUGUUGAAUUUCUUGGUGAUAAUCAACAAAAUUCAGUAGCAAUUCCAUUUUCAAUUCCACCAACUACAAAAUAUGAUGUUGUAGUUUGUAUAACUCCAAUUUUUGUUGCGGAAAAUUGGCAGUCUUUUUUGUUUGCAAUGCAUAUUUAUAAAAAGUUUGGAGCAUUUGUGAAUUUAUAUUAUAUUAGUUCGAUUGAUUCAUUUUUUGAUCUUAUAAGAAUUUAUGAAGAUGCUGGUUAUUUGACAAUUCAACCUUGGGUUACUAUUAAAAUGAUUGGAGUUGAUAAAAAUGAAUUGGAUGCUUUUCAACAAGUUGAAUUUAGAAAUCAGGCUGCUUCUCAAACUGAUUGUAUUUUGAAGUAUAAGGUGAGUUGGUGAAUUAAUUUUAAAACUUAGCAUAACUCUACUUCCGAUUAAAAAAAACUAACCAUCAAAUAAUGAUCAGCAUGGUCGAUUUACCCAGAAGACGUCUUCUCAAAAAAAAAAAAAAAAAAUUUCGAAAAAAAGUUUUUUACUGACGUACUUUUAGUAAAUCGACUAUGCUGAGCAAUAUCUGAAACUUUAUUUUUCUCAAAAAUUAUUUUGAAAUUGAGAUUAGGUGACUUUUAUGAGCUAAUUUUUGUACUGAACAGGGUGGUCGAUUUACCCAGAAGACGUCUUCUCAAAAAAAAAAAAAAAAUUUCGAAAAAUUUUUUUUUACUUACGUACUUUUAGUAAAUCGACUGUGCUGAGCAAUAUCUGAAACUUUAUUUUUCUUAAAAAUCAUUUUGAAACUGAGCUCAGGUGACUUUUAUGAGCUAUUUUUUGAACUGAUCAACAUUGUCGAUUUACCCAGAAGACGUCUUCUCAAAAAAAAAAAAAAAAAAAAAUUUCGAAAAAAAAAGAUUUUUACUGAUGUACUUUUAGUAAAUCGACCAUGCUGAGCAAUAUCUGAAACUUUAUUUUUCUCAAAAAAUUCCAGGAAACCGCAAAAUUCGUGGCAUGUCUUGAUAUGGAUGAUAUUCUUAUUCCAAAACUUGCUCCAACAUUCAUCGGAGAAUUCAACAUUCUUCUCAAAAACGCGAAAGAAAAUAGUUAUUUAAUUUAUCCAAAACAAGAUUAUUAUGGCUUAACUGUUAAUAAUUUCAACAAUUUUUCGGUUUCAAGUAUGUUUCAAAGUUUGGAGCAACAAAACUGCACAAAAUCUGGAAAAAUUGUGACGGAUCCCAGGAUGAUAAAUUAUACAUGGAUUCAUUGGACUUAUCAAAAAGUGAGGCGAAUUAAAGUUCAAGAAAAUAAGAUAACCCAUUUGAAAAAACUGGAAUGGUUGGAAUCGUUUCCAAAAUCGAAUAAAUCAUCGAAUAUUUCAAUAAUGAACGAGAUGAAUAUGUUAAAAGAUAUCGAGGAAGAUUGGCAAAAAAUGCAGAAAAAAGUGGAUUUGAAGAAACCCUUACCAAAAGAACAAUUCUACGCAAAAGUAGUCGGAGAUUGUUAUAUGAAAAAUUACUAUUCAUACAUUUCUGCUGAAUCUGCGCCGCCUUUUUGUUCAGGUCCACAUUAUUGUGAAUAUCCUCAAAGAUCUGAUAUUAAAUGUGUUCAUUCGGAUGCGAGAUAUGAUUUUGUUCCACAAAUGUCACCAAUAACUUAUUAUUUUGCAGUUCAUCCGAGGUUUAAUUCAUCUUAUGGAUGUUAUUCUUAA